GGAGCUCCCUCGGCGGGUCCCCCCUCCUUCUCUUCCCCUCCCGCCCCCUUCCCCCGAGGCCCCCGCCAUGGUCGGCCGGCUUAGUCUGCAGGAUGUCCCCGAGCUCCUGGACAUGAAGAAGAAGGGGGACGGAGUACUGGAUAGCCCGGACUCGGGACUGCCCCCGAGCCCCAGCCCCAGCCACUGGCUGCUGGCCCCGGGCGGCGGCGGCGGCGGCGGCGGCGGCGGCGGCGGGGGCGCGGAGCGGGGGCUGGCCCCGGGACUGCUGGAGCCCGACGCAGCAGCGCCCGGACCCACUGCCGCGAAUUCUGGCUUUCUACCCAAUCCCCUGGGGCCUGGCUGCCCCCCGAGGCUCUGCCCUCUGUCUUUUGGUGAAGGAGUAGAGUUUGAUCCGCUACCUCCAAAGGAAAUAAGGUACACCUCCUCGGUGAAGUAUGACUCGGAGAAGCACUUCAUCGACAACAUCUAUAUGCCCGUGGGCCUGGCGGUCUCCUCCUGCAGUCAGACAGUGGUCUGCAUCCCCGGCUGCACCUGGAGGAACUACAAAGCUGAGCUCCGCUUUGAGCCCCGAAACAAGGCCCUGCGAUUUCUCAGCACCACCAUUGUCUACCCCAAGCACACCAAGACCGUCUACACCACCACCCUGGAUUACAACUGCAGGAAGUCCACCAGGCGGUUUUUGUCCAGCGUGGAACUGGAAGCCUCGGAAUGCCCAGCAAGUGAUUACCUCUCGGAUGAAUGAUGAAUGAGACAUGGGGGGGGGGAUGGAAUGGAAGUCAGUCCUUCUGAGUGUGUUGCUCACUUCUUUGACCUUUCUAAGUGAAAAUGGGCAAUGCCUUUAUUACCCAGUCAUUUUCAACUCUGAAGCAGCCUUCUCUAUCAUUCUAGCUUCCUGUGUCCAGCCUCGGCAAAAGAGAGAGAGAGAGAAAAAAAAACCCACCUCCGGCAUCUUUUGUUACUGUGGGAAUUUGAUUUUAGCUUUUCUUUUUCAAGGCAUUUAAUUUUCUUGGCCCACAGUUGCAUAUCCCCCAAAUCGAUCAAAUAACAAAUAAAGGGAAUAUCUAAGUAAAAGGGAAAGUAGAAAAAAAAACCCAACCUUUGAAAUAGGAAACAUAGCUCCUCCUAUAUAUAGGGAAGGCAGAGCUGGUCUGUGGUAGAGUGUGGAAAAAGUCUUCUAGGGGGAAAGAGUGAGCUUCUCAUUUGAAGCAACUUCUGUUGAAAGUAAUGGGACUUAUUGCCUGAGCUGUCCCACCCAUAUGGGCUCAAUCUGUGUAAACUGAGGUCCAUGAGUUAUUUCUGUUUCAAUCAGAAUGCAGACUUGUCCUUCCUGUUUGCUGAAGAUUCUGGAAUUUCCUAGAUCUUUUUCAACUAUUGGUUGAAAAAUCCCAGAAGCCUGUUCUAAGGUGAUGUUUCCACCAUGGCUGUCUUUUGAAUGAUGCUGGAAGUCACUUGGAAAUUUAGUUAACUGAUCCGAAGAAAAGACCAAAAGACUUUGGUUAACCAUUCCACUAGUCAUGAGGAAAGCCUCUUGUCUUCUUACCCGAGGACCCUGGCGACAAGCCUUGCAAUCUCUGGAAUCCUGCUAAGACACCACAGACUUGUGGAACUCUUCUGAUAUGUACAUUGGGGUUUCCAAAUACUUUCCUAGUCUCCAUAAGGCAAAAUAUAGUGUGGCACAUAUUUGAGAGAAAUGUCAUUUUUAAGGCUGCUUGGAUGGAAUGCUUGUAGGAUUUCUCAAGAUUGAUGCCUUUUGACUCACAACUGGAAAUGACUGGCAUGGGUCAUGUCUCGGUAUUAUUUAGGAGGGAGACAUAUCUAUAUACCCUAGAUUCUCUGGAAGCUUGUGAUAGUGUCCUCACCCAAGCCUCACACAUGUUCUGUCCAAAGUAAGUUACAUUCAGAGCAAGAUCCCUGUUGCUUGAAGGGCAGUCAAUGUCUUAAGCUUAAUUCCAGGUGGCAGAAGAAAAACAAAAUCUAACUUUGGGAUCAAAUUUGAAUUUCAAUCAAAGGAAGGUCAUAAUGGAAGCAUCCAACCUUGUUACUGUGGCACAAGAUUUUGAUGUUUGCUAAAUGGCCAAAGGAUCCUUCCGGAUUCUCAACAUCAGCUAAGAUGAUCCCUAGAAAGAACUUUGUUGCAUCAUUGAGAUCAGCCAGGAGAAGAGAGCAUCUACAUGUGGGUCACCCAUAGAGAGUUCAGGCAAGCAAGCUAUCCCUUCUCUUAGGCUUCUGCACUCCUUCUGAAGCCCUUGCUCUCCCCCAGUGUUCCCCCUCAGUAUGAGCCCCCACUGACUUUGGGUCCUGUUGCUGCCAAACCCCUAUUUCAUAUUAAGCAAGGCAGAGGUGGGAGGUGGAAGGAAGUGGGCAGGUUAUGGUACAAAAACAUGCAUCAGAGCAUUGAAUUACAGUGUGGAAGGGUCUUAAGCAGCUCAAAGAGGACAAGAACACACGUGUGGUCCUUCUCUGGCUCAGGAGCUCCUCCAGCCAAGGUGGCCUCUCUGGAGGCCUGCUGUGGGCCUCUCUGGAGCCCCAGCUUUUUAAUUCUCUGUUGGGGUUAAGAGAGCAGAGAGAUUUGGGCAGAAUCUAAGGGGGCUGUUCAGGUAACACAGCUCAGGUAAGCUUUUUGAGGCAAAGGAAGUGGGUGGGUGGCUUUUACCUUCCUGUCAGAAGGAACAAAGCACAGACAGGCUCUUUGAGUAUGUUCUAAUUCAGGCUCUAUCACUACCAAGCUAUAGAACCUUGGGCAAGUCAUUUGAGUUCUGUGGGCCUCAGUUUUCUCCUUUUUAAAAGGAGAUUGGAGUAGACAAUCUCGAGGGUGUCUUCCAGCAACCCUCUUCUUAUGAGCAUAGACUACCGUAAAUGGCAAAUAGGCCAUGCUCAUUUUCUAAAUAACUUAUGAUCACUUUUAAUGGCAUAGGUUGGUUUAAAAAGCAGAAAUGGUUGAUAUUCAAAGAACCCAACUGCCAUAUCUGGUGAUUUCUGUUCCCCUUCAUUGGUGGGGGGAGGUACUGGUAGUAAACUUUUAAUAACCAGCUCUCGGGGGGAGGGGAAGCUUACACACCUUUAAAUUUAAUCUGCAUCAUUCAUAUUUUCUCCAUC